AGCUGGUACAUACUUACCUCUUCGCGAGCCACGUGUGCGUGCUCCUCUCCUAUCACUUCUUUUCCCCGCCUCUGUUCGUUCUCCGGGCUUCGCGAGGAUUUCGUUACGAUCGAUCGAUCGGCCGAUCGUUUACUUUUCGGCUGGGACCGUUUACCUUUCGCGGAGGAAUCGGCGAAAGAGGCCCGUCGAUCGACCGAGGACGGGUUCUUCGAUCGAGCAGUUCUUUUUCUCUUCCGGUCACCACGCUCUCCCCUUCUCGUGGUCCCGAUCCGAUCUUUCGCGUUGCGGUUACGAAUUUCUCGCCGUUUCUAUGAAAUCGAUUCGUCCGUGUUACUUCUAACUGGUGCUUCGACGUCUUAAUUCAGAUUUCUAUGCCCAAGGGACUAUUGAAACGAGAUUAGCUCAGCGAAACUGUGGGUGCAUGAAAUAUCUAAUGAGAACUCGUAGAUUCAAAUAAUUUUAUCGGACAAUGAAGAACAAUUCCAUGAUCUACGAGUUGCUACUUUUAUAUCGCAUCGGCAGUUUUUGCUAAGACUAAACAAAAUUUUCUGUUAUAAACCAGUCUAACUAAUCAGUAUAAUUUCAAUAUGAUAACUUUAUGUUUUAUUAAAAAAGCAGUAAAAUUAAGAAACUAUUAAACAAUAAUAAAAACGUUAAUAGUGAGUGACAUAAAUUAGUGAUCUACAAGAUUUCCCUAUAAAUUAGUGAAAAAACGAUAAUGAAAGUUAUCCAAAUCGUGUAAAUGAGUUUAAUCACUGGGUAAACUUAUUUAAAAUUAAUGCACGAUCGCAAACUGCUUGAUCAUUACAAUUUGUGACUGCAGAUCAAGUUUACUCUACGUUGCGAGAAAGGAGAUACCCAGAAAUUAGAAUUACAAAAAUCUGUUUCUUGUGCCAGUGUGAGUAUUCCAAAGAUACAAAAGGUUCAUUGUUUCGAACGUUUGAAGUCGAGUUCGUGCCGUGGAGUCCUCGUAGAAAAUAUCAACGUCCCCGGAACAAGUAGGUGUGAUAAACCACCCAGCAAAUUUCUAAUCUCCAGUAAAUGUCUCCUUCUGUUUAAUCGCCGAUGCGCUCGAAAACCGACGAUUCCUGGACGCGCUGACAGCGUGAUGAGCGACGACAGUGGUGCGACGAGGUAGCCAGGUGAUUCCAGUGAGCAUGGGGUAGAAAUGUACCACCCCGGAAGAGCAGCGUGGGCCCGGGGCGUGCUGACCCUCGGAGCAGGGGCCCUAUUUCUUCUGGGAUGUCGGCUCGACUUAGCCGGCGACGCGUCGUUUGUAUCCACGCCGAUCGAUUCGGACAGGAACUAUUUCACCGUGGCGAUCGCGUCGUCCGACGGGCGCAAGAAAAAAGACGAGCAAGCUCCGGGAAUCGGGAAGCGACAUACGAUCAGUAUAGAUUAUUCAACGGAUGACAUAAAACCUGAAGAGAAUGCCGAAACCAAGGAUAAACGUGGCUCCAGUUAUUUGCUUCCUUUCUUACAUCCAGCGAGAACGAAACGUUCGACGAAUUAUUUAUUCGAUCAUCUAGAAUCGGGGAGUCUUAUAAAAAAUAAUGAGAAGUCGCGGAAUCUGGGAAGGGAGGAACGUACGAGGGACUACGAAGUUGAAAUGUCACUUUUGACAAAGGAUUCCGUAGGAAAUAAUAGAGUGUUCAUGAGUCGCUCGACGAGUUCGAUUCCAUCGAGGAACACCAGAAAAAACGAUAAAGGACUUAAGGAUUACGCAACGUGGAGACUGGUUCAACCGUGGAGUCUCGACGAAAGGAAUAGGGAUAAUCGGGAAUCAAUCCGUUCAACGAAGAAGUCGUUUUCAUCGUUGCACGGUGAGGAACGUGUUCGCGGAGAUAAUAAUGAUCGAUUAAUGGAAGGCGCGAGGAAGAAUUCGUUUCUAUUUGAGAACUCUGAAAAGACGGACUACAUAGAAAAGAACCGCGAUUCAAGGAGGGAUCAGGUUGCGGGGAAAAACGAGAAUUAUUCAAAGAGAAAUUUGCUUCGAUCGAGAAAUAAUGGUUGGUCGGAGGGAAAUCCAAUUAAACAGGAGAUCGGUCUCGAUUUGCCGGUAGAUUCAGAUAGGCGGGCGGACCGUGAUGAGGGGAAUUACGCGGCGUUUAGGAGCGGGAAAGCUGGACCGUCGAUCGGGAGAAACGGCAAACGAUUUUCGAGGAACGACGGAGAGUUGAAUGGCUCGGCGAUCGGUGAAAGGUGCGACGUUAAAGAGAGUUUGUCGCGCGAGGUGAAUGGGCGAUCGAUGAAUGAAGCUGGGAAGAGUUUCGGUCGAAGUCACUACUCGGACGUGGGCAACGGAUUUACGGUAAUAACCUCCCGCGAGGAGUUCGGUGAAAACGAUGACGAAACCGAGCGACCGGUUCAGACGGGAAGUACCGAAGUCUACUCGGAGGAACGAUUAUAUCAUUCAGAAAAUGAAGAAAAUCUGUCGACCGAUUCAUCGUCGACGCUUCGCGUUUCGGACAGCAGAAACCAAAUUCUUUCCGAGACGAACGAUGCGAAUUUGGGCGAAAAAGACUGGCGAUCCAUCUCCGCGGAGAGGAGGAUCGAGAGGAACGCGCUCGUCGAUGAUUUCCAUAAUUCCGAGCAACCGUCCAAUUCCGAAGACGGGAAAGAGGAAUACGAACGAGGCGAGGAAUCGAUGUCGGGCACGACGGGAAUGCAAAAAGGGGGCUACGCGGUUUUUUUUCGCGGCGAUCACGAAACGCUCCGAUCUUCCGCGGAGACGUUCGGAAGCCGCAAAGGUCGGGCGACGGAACGGGAUCGCGGGAACAUCCUUGAAAGGGGAAUGAGCGAAACGAGAUCUCGUGAUCGAUCGCUCCGGGGCACUGAUCCUUCUUCCGUGAAUUUUCGUGGGAUCGAUCACGCUGGUACCUCCUCCGACGGGCACGAAAAAAGAGAUCGCGAGGCUGACACGAACGUUCGCGAGGUUCGUUCCGUCUCUCGGCUUCGUGGAAACGAAAAGCUGCUCGACGACAGGAUAACGAGAGUUCCUCAGGUGAUUGAAAAAUUGUUUGCGACACAGCUCGGAAACGAGGAAGAAUUUAUUGAAUUAACUUUACAUAACGGUGGUAACGGGACUUUUGAACCUACUAAAGACAGUAAGUCGAGAAACAGGGGUGAAGUGUUCACUUCAAGCGACACGCAAACAUUAAACAGUGAAAAGAUCUUCGAGGACAAAAAUUUAUAUGAUAAUGCUGAAGAAUCAUUGGGAGAUGAAAAAUUAUUUCGUUCUAUAGUCGUGAAAAACUUUAGAAAUGAUCAGACGUCUACGAAACCGUUAAGGCAAUUUCAAAUGACGUCAAACACGAAAACAUCUGAUCCUUUAAUUACUUCACAAGAUUUCAAGGACAAGAUUGCAAAAUUGCCAAUAAACACAGCAUCAUCCUCUUCUUUAAUCAGACAGAAUCCUCUCAGCAUUCGUCGAAAGAGAUAUUCGAAUUACUAUUCGCCGCAGUCUUCCCCUGUAGCAUACGUGCACAUCCAACCUGCAUAUCCGAUGCCACCUCCGGUACCACCCCCGAACCGGAAUUGCGUAAAGUGCAUGGUCGUUUACAAACCGUGUCCAUCGCCACCGAAACCGCUAUUCAUCCUUCCAACAUACAAGUAUCAAGAUCUAGCUUCAAAAUGGCAAGGCCUAAAGCACGGUGAGUGAGAGAGGAAUCCAAUAUAUUUAAAAAGAUAACUUCAUCGGUUUAUUCGUUUUCUUAUUAACAAAUACAUUCUAUAAUUGAAAGGAAAUACAA